GAUUGAGGUGAAGACAGACAAUCCUCCCAUCUUCCCACAGACCUGGAAAUUCCAGAUUGAAAGCAGAUCAGUGGAAGUCAAAGUGUCCACCAAAUCCUCCCCGAUCUGCUAUCGCUGCAGAGAAAGAGGCCACAUGGGAUCAGACCCGAACUGCCCCAAGUAUCUGAAUCAACCGAGAGAACGAAAGUUCCUCCCCAACAUGUUAGUGGAGGCGGAGGAUGCCCCGGGCAUAUGGUUCAUUCCGGACAGCAAUUACAACGGGUGGGUCUUCGACGACAAUCUGGAGGCUCCGGACUGGGUAUGGCAUUACGCCGACCAAGAUCCGGAAGUUAAAAAACCCAAUGUUUUCCCCCCGGCUGACAGCAGAUGGCAAAAAAGAGCCACAGGGAAGAUAUCGGGCAACCCGUCGAAAAUCACUACUGACCCACUGAUCGAUUCACGAGUUAUCAAGGAAGAAAAGGAUAAAGAAGACUUAUUGUGGGACUUGGAAGCAGUGAAAGAACAGGCAAUACUUCACUUCAACAAAGACUCGACAGAAUUCAGAAGCAUGCUCUUAAAGAUGGAGCAAACAUCAACUCAUAACAGAACAGGGGCUCAAACAGACAACAAAAGGACAAUGGAAAAGGGAAAGACACAAGGGAUUCAGGAAGGGGGCCCAAAGAGGAGGAAGACAGUGGAUGCCCAAGAGGAAGUGGUAACUCUUCCAACUGACAAAGAAGGAGAGGAGGGGAGAACAAAUUCGGGAGGUACUGGGUCUGAGAAAACGAGUGAGAGCGGCAAAGGGGAAGGGGACAACAAAGUAUCGGAAAGUGAGGGGGAUUCCCACAGAUUUCUACAGUGGCUCAGGGAUUAUGUAGAGAAAGUGAAGAGGGAGUGGGAACAGGCCUUCGACAUUCGGGCAGCCUGUCUCAAGCAUGCAGAAAGAUCUCAGAGAAAUGGCAAGAAAGGGAUGGGCGAAGUUGGGAAAUCAACCAAUCAGUUUGACGUUCUCAGGAAAGUGAAAGCGGAAGAAUUAUCAGAAUACACAGCAUUCAGGUAUGCAGAAAAGAAGAGAGCAAGGGAACAGGGAGUGAAAGACAGAGAUAUAACAGCUCCAGAAUCGAAGGAUGAUUUCCAAGAUCUGCGCCCAAAGAAGUGGAAAUCCGGGCAAAAUCAGAAGAAGAAGAACUCGAACAUGACUCAGCCCGACUUUGAGGAAGAAUCAGCGCGCACACAGCUGGAAAAGGAAGCAGUCAUGGUAAUUGCACAAACAACGAAGCUGAACAAACUGAAUGAGGAAUACUCAACAAAAUUCACAACAAUCGCACACAUUGCCAGGGACCAGGCUCCUUUGGUGGUAGAGACAGCCAAGUCGUCAAGACUGACACUGAUGAACAUCUGCCCCUCGAUUGCUGCAAGAUAUGUAGAAAAAAUCGAGGAGUGGCAGAUUGCAACAGAUGUGUCGUUUCAGAUUCCAUGCUUUGAGGAAGGGCAAAAUGUAGCUACCACACUCCGCGAGAAGAUAUCCACGGAGUAUCCAUUGGGGGUCUAUGAUACCAUGCCAAGCAACCCACAGAUCAGGAGGAUGCACUUCCUCAACCAGAACACGAGGGAGCAACUUCACAGCACUCAGAGCAUGGUAGACAUUCACCUGAGGCAUUUUCACCUCUGAUAGUCAAGCUGUCAAACAAAGCAAUCCUGACUUC